AUGGACACGUAUGGUGUCAAUACCGACCCCCAAGUUUUCCAACAGCAGCAGUACCCUUUCUGUCAUGCCUCUCACUCAUACUGCAAACAGGAUCAGCCUUACGUAACCAAAGAUCUAGAUAUCUACACUCAUGACGCUCUCGUUCCUGAGAGCUUUCAUCACACUCUGGGAGAGGAGCUCUAUGGACCGAGCUUCAAACCGGAGAGUUCCUUGAAGGCCUCCUGUUCGACUCGCAAUCAGAUACGCCAUAUGCAGGUUAGCGGUCGGAAUUCCCUAAGCUCGAGCGGCUCCGGUCACCUGGGUCCUGCAGAUUUGGCUGCCAUGUACUCUACGCCGUCCACUUUCGAAACAACCCUUUCAAUGGGAAGUAGUGCCUCCUGUUCUCAACUCAGUCCAACCGAAUUCAAGCCUCUGCUGUCAUUUCACGCUGAAACGGACUUCUCGUAUCCUGAGGAGGCACAUUUGCGCCAAAAGCAGAGUCUCACCAACGCCUUCGUCCGGUCAAUCCUGCACAAUACACGGCCUCUUUUUGAUCAGGAAGUUAUGUGCUUCCAUCGAGAAUGGCAGUUCAUGUGUCCACCCUCGGUGCAAAUCCCAUUUUCAGCCAAGUUUAAGCUUACGCCGGAGGAGUUGCACCAAUAUAGGGAGCUGGACAUGACAUUGCGACCUACUCUAGGCUUUGAGCCUUCUUCUGGGUCGACCACUGGGCAGAACGAUGGCUUUUUUCUUCACCUACCUCGUCGCUCAUCGCAUACGCUUCCGUCAUCCCACCCGCCACACCGCCCUAAUCACCACCCUUCCCGAAGUCACGGUCAGGCGGAUUUCACUGCGCUAGCAACCGAGCCCGAGUCCAGUACUUUUGACCUCGAUGAAUUACGCGGUAGCGAUGCCCUCAAGGUCAACAUAAUCCUUUCUGAUUCACUUCUUAACCUUUUCAAAGACCACAAUUUCGAUUCCUGCAACAUCUGCGAGUGUGCUACCUCCAUAUUGGGCAUGGAAAUUGACGUCUACGUGUCUGGACCCAGCCCUGCUCCUACGCGAUCCUGCAACUGUGGCUUUUCUGCUUUGGUUAAUAGGAAGUUCGCUCUUGCGGGCAACUUAUUUUGGGAAGAUGAAGUAGAAGUUGCGAGUCUAUCAAUCGCCAGUGUUGAUGUCGCGAAACUUCGCCCUCGAAAACCCCAGCCUUCACGCACUGCGACUACUGCGUAUUUGCCCAUCCUCACCCAGUGGAUGCGCGGUCCUCUUGAAGAAUUUGGUGUUCGUUUCCUCGUUGAGUGGCUCCAAAGUGUUGACACUGCAACGGCGGUCUCUGAGGUGCGCCAGGGAACUGUCGAGAGGGAUGCUCUCUACGACUAUAAUGGCAAGAUUCAUCUUAAUUUUCCAAAUCCUUGGUUUCUUUUCACUUGCUUUUUUACUGGUCUGUUUUCUAUUCAUCACACUACAGGCCGCGUUUCAUUCACAACUACUAUAAAUGUUGGUUUAGAUGUAUGUGCUCUAACUGCCUCUGCGUUGGAGCAGAGUGCUUGUGAUCUCUCUUCUUUGGACGAAAUGAUGAUGGGUAAUUCCAGCCCGAGGGAGAGUGCGUCGUUUAGACAUCUUCGGCUAGAUGAAACAACCCGCAAGGAAGGUGUUGGAUUCCACCCCGCAGUAUUCCGCCAGCUGCCUUCCGAUUUGCCUUCCAAUAAGAAUGAUCAGAUUCGCUUACUCGGGAGUGUUCGAUUGUGGUUGCAAGAGGCAAUCGAUCAGUUGGAGUCUACUUACAAAGUUGAGGGUCCUCUCACCUGGAAAGCCUUCCAUCAGCUCGCUGGGCGUGGACACAGCGAAUCCUCUAAGGCCCAGCCGAUUCCGCAGUUUCGAGUUGGUGGUGCAUUGAAAAAUGGGAAUACUCAUGUCCUCAUUUCUCCCUUUAGUGUUCGCGAUUGGUACGAUGGUGCCAACUACGAUAUCGUAGUGUGCUAUCCCUCUGUGUCACUUUUGAAUGUUAUGCGGUAUGAGAACGAUCUCUCGUCCGGAUUUUCUCCCGUUAAUGCUCGUCAAUCGCGUCGUCGACAGCAGUCGGGUGGGAGUGGAACUCAUCUGACGGACGCGAUUCUCUUCAGUCUGCAGCGCUAUAAAUCGGGGGCCAUCCAUGCUGUGCGGAAGGCUCUCUCAGAGCGUGGGGUCGCUCUCCCUGACGGCUCCUGCUCCUCACUUUUGGCACCGUUCGCGGGUAUGCAGGACAUGGCUCCCUCCGCACCUCCAGUCAUUCUCUCAAAAAUCAGCCCCCUCAACGGACAUGGUCCUCUCACAACAGCUUUUGAUCCCAAUGUUGACUGUCAACAUGAUGUUACUUUGGUAAUCUACCUCAUCGAUCCCUUCACACAGCUUUUUGAUAUGGGCGACGAGUUGCGAAACCUAACGACCCGGUGCCUAGCAGAGACGGCGGGUCGGAUGACUGCCCAAUUGCCGGCAUCCUGGCAUCAGCGUGUGUUCGUACAGCUGUUGCCUAUGUCGCACGUGGUCUCGCCCUGUUGUGGUGUUGUUGGUCGUGAAGACGCAGGGGAGGCUGGUUUUUUGCCUCACAUAAAAUCCAUGGCACUUGCUGUCUACACCUCCAUUGAUCGUGUCAUUUCACCCUCCUUGAUCAAUGCCAACCGAACCCUCACGGGAAUGGGUCCUGCUGCUGAUAAGGAGCUUAUCUCGGCCAACUUUCAGAAGGAUCACAUUCAUCGCGUCUAUGCGCCGGCCUACAUCCUGGCACAGUCACAUGAUCUGUGGGGUCAAUGGGAUGUGCAUCCUGCCGAACCCUUACAACCUUCCUCUGUGCUUUUCGUCUCAUACUGCCUCUCGGAGGAUCUUCAGUGGCUUCUAGCCACCUGUACGGAUCAGUAUGGUACUCUAGCGCAGCAGACCUUCAUCAACAUUGUUGCUCCUGAAUCCAUGUGCGCACCCUCAGGACAAUCCACAGCUGGCAUGGGGACAGACGGAUUUCAUGUCUCCACUCGUCGUCUGGCGUUGGCACGCCUCUGGGACUUCAUCAUAUCCGUAAUCGCCGCCACAUCCAAUCCCUGGCGUUUGGUCGUUGGACGACUCGGACGUUUGGGACAUGGAGAACUUAAAGGUUGGUGCGGAUUAUUGAGUCGCAAAAAUCUGCAGAAUGUGAACCGCUCCCUGCGUGCUAACUGUGCCUUAUGCAACGUGAUAACCUUGACCCCUGCCAUAAUGAACAACAAUGGUCCGACUUACCGCGGCAAAUCGACCGCCACUACUAACCUAACUGCGGAUUCUCGCGUACCCAGCACGUGUGUUCAUGAGACGCCCUCGUUGAUUUCCGCCUGCCUCGUUUCUACUGAACCCCAGUCUACUUUUCGUCUCUUCCCCGGCUCCGACCUUAACACUGGCGAUCUCGGUGGCUCUGGUAGCCACGGUGGUGGUGGUCACGGUGGCAGUGGUGGUGGUGGCGGUGGCGGCGGAGGCGGUGGCGGUAGUGCCUCAGCCUCGGGUGGAGGUGCUAGUGUUGCUGGGGGACCUGCUGGGCAGGCGUAUGCUGGACCUUUCGCUAAUGGCGUCAUCUCCGCCGUCGGUUAUGCUCCAAGCACUACUCACAUUCUCGUCUUUCCUACCAGUACAUCUGCGCAGGCUCAGUCUGAGCAAGACGAUAUCAACUUCACCGAAAUAUUCAGUGAGUUUUAUGAAGACAACGACCUAGACGACCACACUGCUGUGGGCAUGCCCAGUUUGGAUACUCUGACUACACCAACCAGCGCAGGCCCGGGUUGUAAUCUGGCCAACGUUGUAGCAGGCGUAGUUGGAAGCGGCGGCUCCUGCUCAGGAGUGGCUCAGGAUCCAAACGGAGUGGCUACUGGUCAGCUGAUGCCUAUGACACGAAGUGGCAUACCUGCAGAACCCAAUACUCAUGGUAUGCCCUACGAGGUUGCCUGUCGUGAACGCGCCAAGUACUUUCUUCUUGAUGCUCUACUCCCAUUUGGUGUGCCCGAUCCUCAGGUUUGUCAUCUUAUGCACAGGCCAAACAUUAUCUGCGUGCGAUAUUCAAUGAACUGA